UUUGCUCACUGUUUAUACAGUUUUGUAAGAAUCCAAAGAGAAGAGAGAGAAAGAUUGAGAGACUAGAGCAGAGGACUGAGUCUUGUCUCUUCGCUGCAACCUAUAGCUGUUCUGUUCUCUCCUCUUGGCUUCCUCUUUGCAACCAAAAAAGAAUCAGAGGAUUCCAAGGAGAAUGCACCUUGACUUAUAGCAACUAAGAGAAGAUUCACCUGCCUUGAGUUAUUGUAGCUGAAAGAGAAAGUUUUGAUCUUUGGAAAUGGGUAUGGACCUAGCUGAUAAGGAGAACACAACCUUUCCUUUAUUUGAAUUCUCCAAUUGCUACAAAGUUGCAAACCUUACCCAAACCAUUCUAAACCCAGUAAAUAUUUCUAAUUUAAGAGACCGUUACGUGCUUGGGGAACAGUUAGGAUGGGGUCAGUUCGGUGUGAUCAGAGUCUGUUCUGAUAAGUUAACAGGAGAGAGGCUUGCUUGCAAGUCAAUCUCUAAAGACAGACUUGUAACACAAGAGGAUAUGAAGAGUAUCAAACUCGAGAUUGCGAUUAUGACUAAGUUAUCUGGCCACCCUCACGUUGUGGAUCUCAAGGCGGUUUACGAGGAGGAGGAUUCAGUGCAUCUUGUGAUGGAGUUAUGCGCGGGAGGUGAGCUUUUUCAUAAGCUGGAGAAGUAUGGAAGGUACUCUGAGGUUCGUGCAAGGGUGUUGUUUAAGCAUUUGAUGCAAGUGGUUAAGUUUUGUCAUGAUAAUGGCAUUGUCCACCGGGAUUUGAAACCAGAGAACAUUCUUAUGGCUACAGUGUCUUCUUCCUCUCCUAUCAAACUUGCUGAUUUUGGUUUGGCAACGUAUAUCAAGCCAGGGGAGAAGUUAAGUGGGACAGUUGGUAGUCCGUUUUAUAUAGCACCGGAAGUGUUAUCAGGAGGGUACAAUGAAGCUGCUGAUGUAUGGAGUGCAGGGGUUAUUUUGUACAUACUUCUCAGUGGAGUGCCUCCCUUUUGGGGAAAGACUAAGUCAAAGAUUUUUGAUGCUGUCAGGGCUGCAGAUUUGAGAUUCUCUGGUGAGCCAUGGGGGAAUAUAACUUCACACGCCAAGGAUUUGAUCCGUGGGAUGCUUUGUGUUGAUCCUUCCCAAAGGUUAUCAGCUGAUGGUGUUCUAGCUCACUCUUGGAUGGAGGAGUUGUCUGGAUUAGGACAAGAACAGUAUGAUCAAGAUGGGUUUGGGUGUGAAGGAUUGGAGAUUGGUGGAGGUUCUUUCUCCACAGGAUAUGUUUCUCGUGAGCAAGACUAUAGCUUCAGCAUGGGGCAGUUAGAGCCAUUGACAGAUAACGAGUGCAAAUCAUCAUUCUCCUCUUUCUUACCUGCUGAUAACAACAAUAUACAGCCUACUUCUGGUUUUGGUGGGUUUUCUUUUGAUGGGAAACAACCAGAAUCAUCAUCUGUUGGCUUACCAUUAACUGGACUCACAUCUAUGCCAAGCUUUAGCUUCUUUAGUCCAAGCUCAGCGACGACAGAGAACAACAACAUUCAUGAAACAGAUGGGAAACUUCGAGACUCAAGCCCAAAGAGAUUACUGCCUUCACUGGAUGCUUCUUCACAGCUUGAGAGGGGAGAGGAAGGAGGUGAGAAUCAGGCAGAAGCAGCAGUGAAGUCAGAGACAAGAAGGGAAAGAGGGAACUGGGAAAGAAUGUCAGUUCUACACAGCAAAAGAAACCGGACCAUAGGACUUGGUGAGCUAGACCAGUUGGUGGUGGAUGUUGCAGUCACUGAGUCGAUUAUCCGAUGGGCAUCUUGCACUCAUAUUCCCACUGCUCCAUCCCUCAGACUAUCGCUCGUCUGCUAGAACCAACGAACAU